AAACCCGUGUUUCUAUUAGGGGAAACUCACCCCCCAAAGGAAAGAGUCCUUCAGAAGUAGGCAAAUGCAAUGACAUCAGUGGAGCAACGUCUAUGGAAGUUGAAGAAAAGGGUGGAGAGCGAAAUGAUACAACCAGUCAUAGCGGUAGACUUGUAAAAUCUAGUAGUUCCUAUGAAAACUCAAGCUUUUUGAAUGAUCAUGCCAAAAAAAGCUCAUCCUUUAUAGCGGAAGUAUUGGAGGGGGGUAUUCUGGUGCAGCCAAAAGGUGGCUCAUUGCUACAAUCUGGUCAUGUUAAUGGUGCUGUGAAAGAGGGCAAGCUUCCAGAGAUCUGUUUGGAAAAUUGUGCAAGCAAAAAAUCAACAAGUGAGAAGACACAGGAUACACAUAGGCAAAUUAAACCUUCUGUUGGUAGAGUUGCGAGGUCUAGGAGCUCAAGCCAACAAACUAGUGGGAUAAACAAGUCUUUAGAAUGGGGCACAUCUGCUUUUUGUAGUUCAGAAGAAGGUGGAGGUCCACCUCCAUCUGUUAGUCACUUAAUGGAUGAACUCAAUGCCUCCAGCAAGUUACUGGAUGCGGCAAAAAUUUCUCAGGCACAUAGUGGUAGAACUGGGGAGACACAAGUUGUUUUAAAUAGUGAAGGAAUACUGAAGUCAGUUAAUUCUUCUAACAUUACUGCUGUUCCAGUUACAAGGUCCACAUCUGGCUGUAUAAAAGAAUCUCAACUCGGUGCCAAUCACCAUGAAAAUGCUGAAAAUGUUGCGGGAAGCGCACAUAUAGAAGCCCCGGGUAUAAAGCAGCCUAUAAGCUCUUGUAUUAAGUUGAAUGAGUUCAAAAUUUUUCAUGCGCUUAGUGAUAGAAUUGAGGAGACAAAAGCUGUUUGUAGCAGUGAAGGUGUACAUAAGCCAGUUAUCUCCUCUAAUAUCGUUGCUCCCGGAGUUACAAGGUCGAAGUGUGGCUCUAUGAAAGAAUCUCUACUUGGUGAUAACCAUCAAGAAAAGGCUGAGAUGGUUGUGGGAAAUGUGCCCACAGAAGUUGCAGUUGUAAUGGAGCCUGUAAGUGCUGACAUUAAGUUGGAUCCCAUCACCUUAUGCACGGAAUCAGAAGGUUUAGCCUCACUGCAGGCUUCUGACUGUUGUAUGAUAUUUAAACCUAAGCAACUAAACUUUGAUGACAUAGAUGAAUAUGCUUUAGAUGAAUUCUGUAGUCCGCUUUCCAAGAAAAGAAAGCUCGAUGGGUAUUCGGGACAGGAAUGUCAUCCUUCAAAUGAGUCUGCUUCAUCAAUAGAUCAUAGGUCCGGAAGCACUUUAUUUGAGUCGCAAUUGCCAAAUGCGAAUUUUAUGUCAAGCAGUCUGAAAGCUGGAAGGACUGAUUCUCAUAAUAUUAAAGAGAGCACAAAAGAUGUGACGAUGAAUAAUGGUUUGGUCAACGAGAAAUCCGUGGAGGAUGCUGAGUGCAACUCUUUUGUAGAUGAUGAUGAUCUUGAUGUAAUUUUUGAGGUCAAUAAAUCUUCUAAAGAAAGCUCUAACAUCUUUGAAGAAGAAAAGCAUUCAGAAAAAUCUCAUUUAAAUGAAGAUCAUGCAUCUUUAUCAAAGAUGCAAAUUGAAGAGGGUGAUCUUGGCCAUAAAGGUGAGGGAAGUACUAUUGGUGUUUAUAUACCAGUAUCAAAAAGUUCUGAGUCAUCACUCAUGACCAAACAAGGGAACAAGGAUUUUGAGGAUCCCAAUAUAUCAAAAUCAAAGGAACUUGAAGUUGGGAUAAGUCCACUGUUGCCUAUUGUGAAAUUAACUUCUGGCAAGGUUAAUACAUGGCCUUUGAACCAUCAGGGAGAUAUUGAGGACCAACCAUACUGCUAUUCUGAUUCCCAAGGCUUUAGGAUACAUAUUCAUAGAGAUGCUAUCCAUUGUGAUCUGAAGACACCCAACAACAAUCUUCACCCCGUAAUGGAAUCUGCACAAGUUCGUUCUUCUGAAGAGAUAUAUGUCUCUCAGUCAGAUGGCAUUCAGAGCUGUGAUAAGAUAAUUCACGAUGGAAUGACGUCUGAUUUGCCUGAAGAAACAAGGUCUUUACAUGAGCUAGAUGCAGAGGAAACUUUUACUAAAGUGGAUGUUGAAAUUACAGAGAUGGAUAAUGUACUCGAACAGUCUGAGCCAGCCAGUGUUUCAAAACUCAUUAAGCCUGCAGCUGAUGAUUCUACUUAUAGCUUGCUAGCAGAUGUCGAACCUGCAAAUCCCACCAGCCUCAUUGAUGUUACCGUUAUUGACAAUAAGGAUGAUAAGAUACUUCUUCCAGAGUGGGUGACUUCAAGUGGCUCAGAUUGCCUUUCACAAAAUGAUGACAAAAGUGUGAUUGUAUCUGAUGAUUUUAAUUAUAGUUUGGCAGCAGGCAUGCAGCCUGAAAUUCCAACCAAUAUUGAUGAAUUUCCUGUAAGAGACUAUAAGAAUUUUGAGAUAAGCCUUUCUGAGUGGGUGCCUUCGUAUAGGUCAGUUAGAUCUUCAAAAAAUGAUGACAAAAGUGUGAUUGCCUUAGAUGAAAGUAUGCCCGUAUAUGAGGGUUUUAUUAUAGAUGAGGAGGUGGAAAAUGUAAGUUUGGAGAGUACAGAAGGUGAGCUAGAUUUUCAUAUGCUGGAAGACCCAAGUACCACAAUUGCAAGAGCAAGCAUUAUGGAGCAAAUUUGCAGAUCUGCAAGUAUGGAGACACCAUUGUCCCACUUUUCGUCUACCUUGAAGGAGAAUAAACCUCAAAACUUCUACGGAUUUAUGACAGACGGGAUUCUUGAGCAGAUGGAUCUCGAAAGUAGCAAAUCUCUUGAUAAAGAUUGUACAAAGUGUCCUCAAAAAAGUGAGAGUGAUAUAACUGAAGUUGAUUCUUCUUUGCAAAAUCAACAAAAGUUUGAUUCAUUUCCAUUUACUUCUACUCCCUUCUCUUGGCAAUCCAAAAACCAUCAUUCAUCUCCUCUUGGAAAGCUUUGGGAUAGAUCAGCGUCAAGCUCAGGCAGUUCAGAGAAGCAAUUGAGCUCAAAUCCUGAGCUGACUUGCUUCCCUAUUGAGGAAGAUCCAGGCAGCAAUGAAGAAAGUGAGAAUGCAGAGUAUUUGAGUGAUGAACUUGAAGAAAACAAAAGUUUAAAAGUAGAAAAUGAGCCUGAAAGUGAACUACAUACUGAAUCUACUGAAGCAUGCUUUCAACCUUCAAUUGAGAUAUCUUCAGAAAUGGUAACGGAAGGAAGAGAGAAUGAUGAUGAAGAAGUGGCUGCUGAUAAAGAACUGCCCCCUGAGGCUACUGAAGUAUGCCCUCAACAUGCAAAUAUUUUGUCCACAUUUAUGAAAUACCGAGACAGGUGUGGUUCAAAUUCUGUGAAUAUAGAGGCCAGUGUCCCCAAGACUCGUGAUAUGGCCAAGUAUAAGCCUAAAGAUUAUCCCGACAUUAGAAUAAGUAGGUAUGAGGAUAACCGGGGCUCAUCAAUAGCUACACGUGCUAGUAGUAGAGGGAACGUAUCUGCACUUAGCAAAAAUAAGAGCAGCAUGAGAAAUGGAAUACCAAGGAUAUCACAGAAGGGGAAUAAAUAUAACAAUAUUGUAUCAAACAUCACAUCAUUUAUUCCAAUAGUGCAACAAAAACAAUCAGCCGCUAUUUGCAAAGAAGGUAAGAGAGACAUCAACGUGAAGGCUCUAGAGCGUGCGAAAGCUUUAAAAGAGCGUGAACAAGAAAAGGAGAAUGCGCGGAAAGCGAAGAAAGAAGCAUCGAAGCUUGAGCUAGAAAGAAUCAAGAAAGAAAACGCAAGAGAAAUGGAGAUGAAAAGGAAAAAGAAGGAGGAGGAGGAAAAGGAAAGAAAGGCUGAUCUUGCAGCAAGGAAAAGGCAAAGGGAGGAAGACGAGAAGAAGCAUUUGGCCAAAAAAAGAAAGGUUGUUACAGAAUCACAAAAAAAUCAGAAGGUACCAUAUGAAAACUCACGUGCUGGGAAAGUGGUGUUGGAAAAACAGCAGGCCAAAACUGCUUCAAUUGCCGUCAACAAGAAGGGAUCUUAUAAUUCGAGCCAAAAUAAAAAGACAGAUGUAAUUAGUGAACAAGGUAAAUUGGGGACUGAGAAAACUUUAGCAAGUGUUAUCCCGCAAGUUGUCUCUGUUCCCGAAAAGUGUGAUGCUUCCAUUGAUUUGUGUGAAAAGGCAACAAGUGUACACGAAAUGUCACCUGUACAAGCAGGGAUAGUAAAGUUGACGGGUCAGGAAAUGUCAUAUGACAUUUCUCCAUAUCAAUGUUCUGAUGACGAGGAUGAGGAAGAGGAAGAUGUACCAAACAAUAAAUUUGUGCCUUCAUGGGCCAGUAGAGACCGUGUGACCAUGGUUUUGCCAUUGCAACAGAACAUUGUCCCUGAAACAAUCUUUCCUGUAGAAGGCUUUUGCCACAUGGAUGAAGUUCUCCUUCCUCGAAGGUUACAGGCACGAUAGUCUGCCUAUGCCAAUUGUGUACUCUGAUGCAGAUUCAAGACGUGUAUACCGCAUACUCCUACUAUGUUUAUUCAACAACUAAUCCAUGCAUACACUUCAUAUGCAGAUGAAGUACCUCCAUGUUUUACAGCUGUUUAAAUUAGGUCUUCCAGUUAUGUAGGGCUCCGUCCCGUAGUCUAUAUUUUUUUUGUUGAAUUAUUUACUGGUAGAAGUGAAGCCUAAGAAAACAGCUGUAUGAGCAUGACUGUAACUGAAUGUUUGUCAGCUUGUAAAUGAUUAUCUUUGAGUGAAUGGGUUUUAUAGUAGCAACAAAUUUU